UUUGGAACUAAUAUCAGUCAGUAUGUAGGGCAUUCUGAAGAAAUUAUUAACCUUCUGAUAAAAGUUCUUUCGCACCUUAUUUAAUAUCGUCCAGUGUGCAAACAACGUUGCUGUAUAACUAGAACAGACAUGACAUUAAAAUGGCUGAUUCUUAUCAUGUCUGUUGUCCAAUGGACCACAGGAAACAUUAUGUUUGGAUUACCUCCUAAUUUAUUUGGCCACAAAGUGUCAUACCUCUGGCGAUUUCCAAACCAGUCGUUCGAUCAGAAUGAACUAAUGACGAUCAAUCCCAAUGGAAAAUCCUGUAAAGCAGUUCAGUUCAAUUAUGUCGGUAGACAUGCCGCCCGUUUUCCAUCCAGUUACGAUUUUAAUAAUUUUGAAGAAGUCCGAAAUAAAAUCCUUGCUCAUUCUGAUGGUUCUCAAUUUCCAUUCCUGAAGACAUGGCAGGAUUAUCCACCAAAAGAUAGUGGACAUAUUGAAGACCUCGGUCGAGUCGAAAUGCAUCAUUUAGGAGAUAUGUAUGGCAAUGGAUUAUUAGAUUUAUUUCAAGGACAAAUUUCCCCCAGUACAAUUAAACUUGCUGGGAUGACAAAGAAAAGAACAAGAACAAGCGCUUCUGAAUUUUAUAAAGGUUUUACAAAAAGGGUAACUGGAACAAGUUUAUCGGACAUAACACCGAUAAUAAAUGAUCCGGUAAUAGGCUUUUUCAAAAAUUGUCCUCAGUAUGAUGUGGGCGUGCGAAACAAUAUAACAAACUUGAUGCAGCUGCACAUGUUCCAAAAUGGCUCAUUGUUCCAGGGUGUUUUGAAAAAUGUAACACACAGACUUGGGAUGAACACAACACUCAGUAUUGAUGACCUGAAGGAGAUAUAUUUGCUGUGUUCCACUGGAUUGGCUGUAAGAAACAACACGGCAUGGUGUGAUAUUUUGACUCCCGGUGAUAUAGAGAUUAUUAACUUCGAAAGUGAUCUUGAUGACUACUACACUAUAUUUAUUGGCCAUCCUCUGACUCCUAAGAUAUCUUGUCCGAUGUGGGAGGAUGUAUUUGCCUCAUUAGACAACGCUAUAAAAAUGUUCGAUGCAAAUCAAAGUUAUCUUCUUGGUGAUUUACGGUUUGGACGUUCUACCACAAUGGAUUCAUUCUAUGCAGCACUUGGACUUUUCAAUGAUCAUAAAGCUUUACGAGCAGACAAUUAUGCUGAGAUGAAAAACCGUUUAUUUUACCAAGCAAAGACAACAACAUUUGGUGCCCAUAUUGCAUUUAUUCUCUACAACUGUGGCGGGUCCGGUCCAGAAAACUACAUGUUGAAAAUGUUUGUUAAUGGGAAGCCAAUGGUUAUUCCAAAAUGCGGAAGUGAUACAUGUCAAUAUUUAGAUGUGAAAAGUAAAUACGCAGACUUUAUCAAACAUUGUCAGUGGAAACAUAUAUGCAGCGUUACCAAACCAGUUGUCGGAUAACACAUUGUCAUCUGAAAUUGAUAUAAAUUACCCAUACC